AUGAAUUCCAAUCGAAAAUUCUUUGCCCAGGACGAUAGGUUCUGGGAAACAUACCUCAAAGGUCGGCCCUGUGCACCUGACAGCUUUUUCGACCGCAUCAUUGACUACCACGAAGCCAAGGGAGGCUACUACGACACUGUUCACGAUGUCGGUGCUGGCGUAGGCCCGUACGCGCAGCGGCUACGCUCCAAUUUCGAUCACGUCAUUGUCUCUGACAUUGUACCCGACAACAUCAAGCUCGCCCGCAUGCGCCUCAAAGACAGCGACGGUUUCAGCUUCCGUGUUGCCAGCCUGCAAGAUGCCGACGAUAUUCCUCCCGUAAGCGUCGACAUGGUUUUUGCGACGAAUGUCAUGCAUUUCGCAGAGCCCCAGAAAGCAGCUAUAGAUGCCUUUGCCCGACAACUGCGAUCCGGAGGCACAUUUGCUGCUGCGUUGUUUGGCCCAGCCCGAUUCAAGGAUCCCCGCCUCCAGGAUCUUUGGUCUCGCAUCAGCCAUCAAGGUGGACGUGAGCUACUCAAAAUCGCCGAUGACCCAGAUCAGACGAUUCGAAUCAUGUCGAGGACACAGGGCGCCUACAAUGUCGCACCUCUGACCUCAGACCUGUUCGAGCCUGGGGUCCGAAGGAUCAAUCUCAACAUGAGGGACGGCGGCAUACAAGGCAUGCUGCCACCGGAGGAGGCACAUCGAGACGUGGAGCCGAAUUACACCAACCCGGAUGACAUCGAGGAGCAUGUUGAUGAGGCUGGGUGGGAUUUCGAGACGGAUCUGGCUGGGCUCAAAGAGCAUUUUGCAUCGUUUCCUUUUGUCUCCCAGUUCCCUGAUGCCUUCGUCGAUUUGUACAGAGAGCUCGAUCAGCUUGUUGGAAGCGGCAGACGUGUUCAGGGAUACUUUCCCGCUAAGAUCAUACUUGCCACUCGUCGCUAG